UUGUAUUGUCAAAAAUAUCCGUUGUACGUCAAAUAUUUCAUCAUUUUAUUCUCAUUUUGUACAGUUUUAACGUGGGUAGAAGUAAAUCAAAUCAGUAAUGAAAUGUUUCUCAAUAGGAUACUAGUUCCAACUGUAAACCGAUUAUUCCAAAAAUUCACGCCCAAGAUGCCCAAUAUGCUUAAGGUGGUGCAAACUUGUAGACCAAGGUCUAGUUUUUCCGGUCUGAGAGGAGGAAUGGCUCUAUUUGAACAGAUGCUGAAAUUGGAAGACGUUAAUUGUUGUAGGACUUUAACACAACAACGAAGGUGCAUGAGUAAACGUUCACACCAUCACAAAGGUAGUGGAAGAGCGGUUCCAGAAAAAGAUCAUAUUGGCAUUUGGGGAAAUAAUCAUGGAGAUCAUUGUUUUCCUUCUAUGGAGUCGGGUAUAGAUAGGCUAAAGAAUCCUGGCCUAAACAAAGACUUGGCCUUUACUCUUAUAGAGCGACAGUUACUCGGUAUCAACGGAUUGCUACCACCAAUGGUGAAGACUCAAGAAGAACAGAUCCAAAACGUAAGAACAAAUCUUAACCGUUUUAAAGACCCCUUGAACAAAUAUUUGUGGCUGAUGGACCUUCUAGGUCGUAACGAAAAACUGUUCUUCGCCACUGUGCGUAAAUACGUAGUGGAUUAUCUACCGAUCUUGUACACUCCAACGGUAGGAGCCGCUUGCCAAAACUGGAGUUGGGUGUAUAGGAGACCUAGGGGUGUUUACAUUACUAUACAUGAUAAAGGGCACGUUUACGAGAUAUUGAAGAAUUGGCCGGAAUACGACGUUAGAGCGAUUGUAUUUACUGAUGGUGAAAGAAUCUUGGGUCUUGGCGAUCAAGGAGCUGCUGGUAUGGGAAUACCGAUUGGAAAGCUCGGUUUGUAUACUGCAUUAGCUGGAAUCAAACCCCACCAAUGCCUGCCAGUUACAAUUGACGCAGGCACCAACAACGAAAAACAUCUAAAAGAUCCUCUAUACCUCGGCUUGAGAGAGAAACGACACAGAGGUAAAGAAUACGACGAUUUGAUAGACGAAUUCAUGGAAGCUGCUGUCGAGAGAUGGGGCCAAAACGUCCUACUACAGUUCGAGGAUUUUGGAAACUCAAACGCUUUCAGAUUCUGGGAGAAAUAUAGAAACAAGUAUUGUACCUUUAACGAUGAUAUUCAGGGAACGGCUAGCGUUGUCGUCGCAGGGUUAAUAGCUGCCAUGAAGUUGACUGGGAAUAAGAUUACAGAUCAUACGUUGGUGUUCCAGGGAGCUGGGGAAGCGAAUAUAGGGAUCGCGGAACUGUGUGUCUACUUAAUGUGCAAAUCCGGAAUGGCAGAAGAGGAAGCAUUGAAGAAAAUUUGGAUGGUAGACUCUCAAGGACUAAUCGUAAAAGGUAGGGACAAAAUUGUAGGACAUAAGAAGAAGUUCGCUCAAGAUCAUGAUCCUAUAAAGCAAUUGUCCGAAGUAGUAAAGAAGAUAAAACCGUCGAUUUUAAUUGGUGCAGCAGCUGUUCCUGGGGCCUUCACAACUGAGAUAAUACACGAAAUGGCCAAAAACAACAAGCGCCCUAUUAUUUUCGCCUUAAGCAAUCCGACUCCAAAAGCAGAGUGUACUCCAGAACAAGCUAUCAAGGAGACAAAGGGUAGCGUUAUUUAUGCCAGUGGCAGCCCAUUCCCUCCAGUACAAUACGAAGGAAAAACCUUCCACACAGGACAAGCAAACAACUCCUACGUGUUCCCCGGAAUAGCACUAUCCGCUGUAACAGGAGGCAUUCUCCAUUUCACCGACGAACACUUCUACGUCACGGCUCAAACGUUAGCCGAUUUAGUAAAAGAAGAAGACUUGAAGGUAGGGCGAGUCUAUCCUCCACUGGAAACGAUCCUGGAAGUGUCUGUGAAAAUAGCUACCAAGUUAGUGGAGUAUUCGUACGAGCAGUGCAUAGCGAGUGUUUAUCCAGAGCCGAGGGACAAAGAAGCCUUUAUUAGAGCGCAGAUGUACUGUACAGACUACGAGCCGGUUUAUCCUUGUCCGUACGAUUACCCCAAAGAGAAAGAGGUCAAAAAUAAAAAAUGUUGAUAUUGUAACGAUACGUGAUAAAUUAUAUUGAAAAUGUAGAUGUUUUAUAUUUUUUGGUAUUAAAUACUUUGUGCAACGGAAAA